GUAAAAGCGCAUGCGCCAAAAAUAUCUACGAUCACUUCCUCAUUAUAACGUCCAUCUUUCUUUUUGUCAGCCAAAGUGAGAAAAUUGUCUCGUUAGUCGAUUUUUCACGAGAGAAAUCUCGUGAAAAGACUACGUAAUGUCACUGUCAACAGUGAGACCAUUGGUAACGGUCUUCUCUGAGAAAAGUGAGACCUCUGGAGUAACAAUUUCUCUGCCAGCAGUUUUCAAGGCUCCAAUUAGACCUGAUGUUGUAAACUUUGUUCACCAGCAGGUUUCGAAAAACAGCCGUCAACCAUACGCUGUUUCUAAGGAGGCCGGUCACCAAACCUCUGCUGAAUCAUGGGGUACUGGGCGUGCCGUCGCUCGUAUCCCUCGAGUCCGUGGUGGUGGUACCCACCGUUCCGGACAAGGUGCAUUUGGUAACAUGUGUCGAGGAGGACGCAUGUUCGCACCUACUAAGACGUGGCGACGUUGGCACAGACGUGUCAACGUUAAUCAGAAACGAUAUGCUAUCGUUUCUGCCAUUGCUGCGUCGGGAGUCCCAGCUCUCGUGCAGUCAAAAGGUCACUUAAUUCAAGAAGUACCAGAGUUCCCUCUGGUAGUUUCUGAUAAAAUUCAAGAAUACACAAAAACAAAACAGGCCGUCAUCUUUUUGAGGCGCAUCAAGGCCUGGAAUGAUAUCCAGAAAGUUUAUAAAUCAAUGCGUUUCCGUGCGGGUAAAGGUAAAAUGCGUAACCGCCGUCGCAUUCAUCGUCGUGGACCAUUAAUUGUUUAUGGAAACGACCAGGGUAUCCGUAAGGCCUUCCGCAACAUUCCCGGAGUUGAUCUGAUGAAUGUGAACAAGUUAAAUUUAUUGAAACUAGCACCUGGUGGUCACGUUGGCCGUUUUCUUAUUUGGACCCAGUCGGCUUUCGAAAAGCUCGAUGCUCUAUACGGCACAUGGCGUAAGGAAGCUAAGCUCAAAAAGGGCUACAACUUGCCAAUGCCGAAGAUGGCCAACACCGAUCUCGCCAGACUGCUUAAGUCUGAGGAGAUUCGUAAAGUCCUCCGGGCACCAAAGAAAAGGGUGGUACGUAGGGUCAAGAAACUUAACCCGCUCAACAAUACCAGAGCGAUGCUCCGACUGAACCCAUACGCAGCGGUUUUGAAGCGCGCCGCCAUCCUUUCCGCUACCAAGCGCCAGAAUGAGAAAGAUAGGCUCCUUGCCGAAAAGCGAGGUAUCAAGUUGGACCCAAAAUCUCCGGUCGCUAAAGCCUUGAAACAGAAAGAGAUAAGAUCGAAGCAGUUGGCUAAAGUCAUGGCUUCGAAACCUAAAGUAAAAAAGACACCCAAACAAAAGCCAGCAGUACCUGUGAAAUGAGAUUUUUUUUCACAUAACAUAUUUUGUUAUAUUGUUAAUUCGUAUUUAUUAUGACAAUCUUCAAUAAUGUUUUUCCAUUUUCUCUAGACCUUCAUCUGGAAACACGAUGAACUCGUCACAAUGGAUGAGACAA